GUGGUCCGUCUGUCUGUGAUAGUCCUUGGGCAGUGUCUGUCUGGCUGCCUGGCAUUUGGCAGUCUGUAAACCGUCGCUGAUGUGGACGCUCGUUGAGGAGAUUCGAUCCAAGGUACUAUCAUUCGCAGUGCAGACAGCGAGCGUUGUCUUGUAUCAAGCGGUGUACGAAAAGAGAAGAGACGAUCUUCUGUAUGAGACUCCAUCGGUAACGGAACAGCAGAGGGUGUACCAGAGAUGAGCGGGCAUGCAACUCGUCCUGGAGAGGGUGGUCAAGCGGUUCUCGAACGUAUUCAGGUGUCUGUACUGCCGAUCGGAAAACACGCCGCGACAUCAGCCCCAAUGGAGAGGCAAGAUGUGGAUAUUACAAGCAAACACAAAAAAUGCACUGGAAAGGAGAUUUCAAAUACUCAAAGAGUUUGGACGAGCUUGGUAUCCGGUGCGAUAGCGGGAGCUUUAGCAAAGACUACAAUAGCACCGUUGGAUCGUACAAAGAUUAAUUUUCAAAUUUCAAAGCAACCCUACUCGGCUAGGGCAGCGAUAGGAUUUUUGACUACAGCGAUGCGUACCGAAGGCAUCCUCAGCCUGUGGCGUGGGAACAGUGCUACCAUGGUCAGGAUAGUACCGUAUUCGGCGGUGCAGUUUACGGCGCACGAACAGUGGAAAAGAAUCCUGAAAGUAAAUGGAGCAGAAAGGGAAAAACCAGGGAUGAGCUUCUUGGCUGGCGCACUCGCGGGGGUGACAUCACAGACCUUGACUUAUCCAUUGGAUUUGAUGCGGGCGAGAAUGGCAGUAACCCUGAAGACCGAGUACAAGACGUUGCGACAGGCAUUUUCACGAAUGUACAAAGAAGAGGGAAUAUUGGCAUAUUACCGUGGCUUCACCGCUACGAUUCUCGGUGUCAUCCCGUAUGCUGGUUGUAGCUUCUUCACAUAUGACAUGCUGAGAAACUUGCUGACCGUGUACACGGUGACUAUUCCGGGAUUCUCGACCUCGCUCAUUUGUGGCGGCAUCGCUGGAAUGAUUGGUCAGACAAGCAGCUAUCCACUGGAUAUCGUGCGGCGGAGAAUGCAGACGUCAGCGAUCAAGGGCCGGCAUUAUCACACGAUCACGUCAACUAUCGUGAAAAUUUACACAGAAGAAGGAAUAAUGGCUUUUUAUAAAGGCUUAAGCAUGAAUUGGGUGAAAGGUCCUAUUGCCGUUGGAAUUAGCUUUGCCACGCAUGAUACAAUACGGGAUACACUGAGGAAAAUUAUUUGUGAAGAAUAAUAGAAAAAUAUAUAGAACUGCAUAUGAUUAUGUAGUGAAGAUAUAUAAUGGACAAACAUUGAAAGUCUGGGGUUAUUACAGAAUAAUGCCAAUUAAUAAUUAUAAUUAUUACUUACGUCUAAUUAUAAUUAUUGCUUGACUGUUAUCCAAAUGCUUAUAUAAUUAAUAUCAUAAUUAUAUAAGUAAUUGUAAUUAUUAAUCAUUAUAUAAUUUUAUUAUUUAACAUAAAUCAUUUUAAUAAAUAUGUCAGCGUACAUUUCCUCAAAAUUUUGCUUGAGAAAAAAAGAAACGCGUGCACAAAGUAGUCGACGGCAAAAACAUAAAGUAAAAUAAUAUUGCAGUAAAUGUAUUAUUAAUUGUACAUGGGAAAUAGUUUGUUUUGUGAGGGCAUUUUGCCAAAAGCAACACAGGAGAUCGUUAGUACAAAUUGUUAAAUAUUAUGUAUAUAUUGUUAUUUCAAACAUUAUAGAAAUCAUUGAAAAUGAUGGAGAGAUGUAAUACAUGUAGAUGCAGACACUAAAUCGUAACAUAAUCAUUGGUUUGGCAAUAUAAAAGUACAAUUAGUUUAGCUUUUAAUUAUCUUUUGGAUAAAAGAGGUAAUUUAUGUAAAAAUAUGAUUUUUGCUUGCCUUCAUUGUCUUCAUUUUCUAUGAUAAAACAUGCUGUUGUAUAAUUUGCAUUCAAAAUUAUGUAUAUAAAUGUGUAUAUGGCAUUUUUUACUUUUUGAUAAUCAAAAUACUCACAAGAAUUCUAAACGAUAAUUUUCUUAAGCCUCCAUGUAAAAUAGAAAUAUUGUACAGAUUCUAAGAUAAGUUGCGUUUAAAAAUUGUGACAUUCAGAUUAUAUUUCAAUCAUGCUUAUAGCAAUUGAUAUAGUAAUUAAUUCAUUUUAAUACUGCAAUGACUAAUUUGUUUUUUUAAUGAAGACUGCAACUGAUAGCGACAAUAAAGUUUAAAACUUGAAACAUUAAAAAAUUUAAAUAAAUAAUGUUAUAUUUCUAUAAAUCUAUAACAGCAUCUAUAUUAUAAUUUAUCAAUGUUAAAUAUAGAUUUAUAUAUUUGCUUUAUUUACAUUUUAGCAUCUUACACGAUCGAAUACUUUUAAAUAGUUUGUACAUACUUUUAAAGGCUGUAUUACAUUUUAUGUUGAUAGAUAAAUGUAAAAUGUAACAGAAAAUAAAGAAGGGAAUUAGUCGCAUUUUGUAUCGAUCGAAAAGAAAUCUUUAUGGCCGAUAUAGAAAGUCAUUCCCUUCUUUGUAUAUUGCAAUACUUUACGCUUAAACAAACUUUAUUAACAAAUGCUGAUCUUUUUGUAAUACAUUAGUUUUUUACCGCUUGAUUUUGAAAAUUUCCAGAAUUAAUGUAAAUCACAACACACAUUGCAUUGUGUAAAAAUUGAUUAUUCUUAAAAUUUUGUAGCUUGUUUGCGAUCAUUAUAUUGGUUAUAUAUAAUGUAAAGUCCUUUAGUAAAUAUAUAAAUUUUAUACAGUG